AUGGAGCCGGGAUCAGCAGUCGUCUGUUUUGUCUGNGUGUUGACCGCCUUGUCAGGCAUCAUCGUCACGGCAAGAGGUGUCAUGAAAAUCCUACGAUUCCACGGCUUAGCAUGGGAAGACUAUCUGAUGAUCAUCUCAAUGGUAAUAGCACACUCAAAGCCCGUCUUCGUCAACUGUCGUCUGUUCAUCACUAAUCACGUCUAUAGNAUGCUUGCAAUUCUCUACGGUUCAUCGACCACACUCCUAUACAGCGUCGAUCUCACCCAACACUCCGCCUUUCAUGCCCCCAAAUUCGCAGAAUUUCUCUACCUCAGUCAUGCCGUCGGUUUCAUGGCUCCACUCUUCAGUCGCAUCUCGUUCUGUCUAUACAUGCUGCGUGUCCUGAGCACAGCGUCUGCCUCCAGGAGGCGCUGCAUACACGCCUUUAUCGGACUCCAACUCUUGGUCAAUGUACCCAUCUCGAUCUUUGUCUUUACACAAUGCGGAACCUUCCAAACGCUCUGGGAGCAUGGAUUGGCAGAACCCGCGGCAUCUUGCGUGCAACACGACAUUAUCAAAACCCUGGCUCUGUUGGCUGUAAUCUUCAACGCCCUUACCGAUGUCUUUUUGACGGUCCUGCCAGCAGUCGUGGUUUGGAGUAUCAAGGUCAUGACUCCCAACGCACGCCUCGGCAUCGUCGCUACUCUAGGCUUGAGCCUGUUCGCAACCAUUGCCAGUGUGAUCAAGAUUUACUACGUGUACGCAUUAUACACAUUCUCUCCGUCCGUACAAACAGUGGAACGCUUGAUCAUUGUUAUGGGCGUGGAGAUCAACGUAGUCAUCAUCGCCGCCAGCAUACCGGUAUUGGCGCCGUUGUUUUUGCAAAAGAGCGGAAAGAGCAGGAAGGGCAUGUACAAGGAUCCCGUGUUGCCGACUUACGAUAUCAGCGCGGAGAGCCAAGGUAUCACACUGCAGUCGACAAGCAAGACUGCACGAGGUUUCGAAAAGAGCAAGAAUGCUUCAAUCGCCACAAGAACGACGGAAAUUUCGGCAGAGGACUGGAAUGGCGACACAGUAUCGCAAACACCUUGGGAAGAACUACCAGAGAUUGUGUUCCUUACCGAUAAUAAGCAAUGA